AUGCAUCUGCUGUCGAUGGAGGAUGCAUCAUCACGACGACAUGGGAAUAAGAACGACCUCCUUCUAUACGUGACUCCAGCAUCGUCGAUUCUCUUUCUUCGGACGUACCGAUAUGGAGGAGGCCGUCUGGGGUCGACGUUGCAAAGCGUCAUGGAAAGUGGGGGUUCUGUCGGCUGGGUUUAUGGGUAUAUUACCCUGAGAGUCCUUCUGGAGGAGGGUCCAUCGAGAUUCAUGUCCCGGUUCUCCCACACACCCAAGUCCUUGAUCGUCGCAGGAUAUCUGGGGUGGGUUGCCUUCCAGUGUCUCCUUUAUGCCCAAUUGCCCGGGAGGAUCUGCCAGGGACAAACGACUCCGGCAGGAUAUCUCCUCGGCUAUAGGGCCAAUGGACUGUUCGCCUUUGGCAUCUCGAUUCUCGUGGCGAUCAACUUGUCCGUCGGGAAAUUCGUGGACCCGACCAUCAUUGCUGUGGAAUGGGAGUCGCUUCUGUUGGUGGGCAAUGUAUACGGGUUUCUCCUGUGUAUCCUGUUCUAUGUCAAGGCGAACGUAUGGCCAUCGCAUCCUGAGGACCGGAAGUUUACUGGGUCGAUUUUCUACGAUCUGUACAUGGGAGUCGAGCUCAACCCUCGGUUUGGAAGGCUCUGGGACAUGAAGCUGUUCCAUAUUGGACGUAUGGGGAUGAUGUCAUGGAUCAUGGUGGAUCUGUCCUUCACAGCCUACCAGCAUCGGCUACAUGGAUAUGUCACUCCCUCCAUCCUCAUUGUCGAUGUCCUUCAUCUGCUUUAUGUCGCAGAUUUCUUCUUCCGCGAGGACAGGUAUCUACGUACCAUUGAUAUUGAACAUGACCAUUUUGGGUUCUAUUUUGCCUGGGGCUCUGCAGCGUUCUUGCCCGCGGUGUAUACCCUACAGACGCAGUUCCUGGCUCGGAACCCCGUUCAACUACAUCCAGCCAUGGCGGCCAUCAUUCUAGUCGCGGGGCUUGGCGGCUAUACGAUUUAUUGCCAUGCUAACGAACAGAAAUAUAGAGUUCGCCUCACGAGGGGCAAUUGUAUGAUAGCUGGGGAGAAGCCCAAAAUCAUAAAAUGCUCCUACGAAACGACAAACGGGGUCAAACAUGAGUCACUUCUUCUAUGCUCUGGGUGGUGGGGAUAUGUCCGACAUGCCAACUACCUGGGGGACCUGAUUCUUUCGUAUGCGAUGUGUGCCGCCUGCGGGGUGACCCAUCUCCUGCCCUGGACUUAUGCUAUCUUUAUGACCAUUCUUCUGACCCACCGGUGUAUCCGGGAUGAGAAGCGAUGUUUGGCCAAAUAUGGGAAACUCUGGGAGAGUUAUUGCGACCAGUGCAUCAAGUCCAAGACUCCGGACCGGUGUGUGUAUACUGGUCCCCAGUCGAAUGCGCUGACAGAACCGAGGUCCGUGGCGACCACUUCCCCCGAUCAGGCACAUAAGUCCAGCAGUCGGACCAGUUCUGUCCACGGUGGGCUGUAUAUCUUCGAUUCCAAGCAUCACCGCGUCACGAAACCCAAGGGACGUCCCGACGAGCUCCACGAACUACGCCAUCGGGUGCAGAUGUUGGAGCAGGGCCUAUCCAGGGCAGGCCCUGUCCAGACCCCGGAGAGCUUGGGACAUGACGCGGAUUCGCCGCUGCGGGUGUCUUGUGAUGCCCAGUAUCUCGGCGAGAACGUCAAGCAUCUGCCGCAGUCUGCCUGCUUCCGGGGAAAGAACGGGAAAUCGCGGUUCUGUGGGCGCAGCUACUGGGGGGUAUCUCUAUCGUUUUUUGACGAGGUCAAGACGGUGAUGAGAGGCUGUCGCGACAAGUUCAAGUCGAAGGACUCGGAAUAUACCCGGAUGAAAAAGCUCAAGGGAGAGGUGUGGUCCCGUGAGAGACAGGACCACCAGAGAGCCUAUCGCGAAAAGGCAUUCACGAUGGAAAAGAUGAUACCCGAUCGGAGAGUUGCGGAUGAGCUACUAAACUUGUAUCUGUCCACCUUCGAAACCACGUACCGCAUCCUGCACGUUCCGACCUUUCGCAAACAAUACGAGAUGUUCUGGUCGAGUUCCGAGAAGACGGAUAUGAUCUUCGUAGCCAAGCUCCUGGCCCUGAUGGCCGCCAGUAGCUGCUUUUUCGGUCCUACGACCAGGUUGAAUGAAAACGACACCCUACACAGAUCUGCAUCGGCGUGGAUCAUAUCCGUCCAAUCUUGGGUUGCGUCCUCCUAUGUUAGUUCGACCAUCACUCUGGACAUGCUGCAGAUCCAGUGCCUCCUGCUGAUUGCGCGCCAAUCCGAUGCUACUGACGGGGAUGUUGUCUGGAUUUCCUCUGGUUCCUUGAUCAGAUCUGCCAUGACCAUGGGCCUGCAUCGGAGCCCUUCGAUGUAUGAGAGAAUGACCCCGUUCUGGGCCGAGAUGCGCCGUCGACUGUGGGCCACCAUACUUGAAUUUGACUUGGAGUCAUCUUUGGACGGAGGAAUGGCACCUUCGAUUGACCUGGAUGAGUUUGACUGUGAACCACCUUCGAACUAUGACGACGCCGAUUUGACGGAGGAUAUGACGGAGGACGUUGCUCCCAAAGAUGCGGUGAUCCCCACGCGGAACAGUUUUCAGAUCUUCCUGUCUCGGUCGUUGCCGCUGCGAGUCCGUAUAGCGAAGUCCAUCAACCGACGGAAAUUUGGGCUUUCGUACGACGAAGCAUUACGCCUGGGCGAGCAACUCGGCGAUUAUAUGAAUGAGGCACUUGCCUUGUACCCGGACAGUGGACCGACCGGGAAUCUGUCAUUCGCCCGGUCAUUUUUGCUGUUCCUCAUGCGUAGAUUCAUGCUCCUUCUUCAUCGCCCAUUCGCUCUCAGCGUGUCCCUUUCACCCAAGUUUUCUUUCUCGCGCAAGAUCUGCCUUGAAUCAUCCCUCGAGAUGCUUUCUCAGCUUGAUGUCCCGACAGUCAGCCUCCCAGAGGUACAGGGAUGCCCUCACCUAGGACAACUCGCCGGAGGGAUGUUUCGCGAUGAGUUCCUCCAUGCCGCCAUCUCGGUUUGUGUGGAAUUGGCUUUGCAGUCGGGAGAAUUCUCCGGCGUCAAUCGACUGCCCGGUCAGUCGAGCUCGGUAAGCACCCUUGACGACCUGGUGCGUUCCCAGCAGGGGGUCCUACUAAGGACUGUGGAGCAUACACUCGACACCCUUGGCAGUCGGAUCACCACGUCAGGGAAAGGGUGCAAGGCGUUUUUCUUCCUGGCCAUGACAUUAAGCUCCGUCAAAGCGCGAAUGAACGCGAAGGACGUUCGGCAGGAAGUCGAGCAGGCCGCUAUGAGGGCCAUCCGGGACUGCGAACAGAUAUUGCAGGGAGCAUCCUGGUCUGAUAUCCAGGGUCGCAGCGAGAUGCCUAUGUUGACACCCAGCUUGGAGACCACUUCCGAGACCCCCCUCGAUCCGGCCUCUUUUGCUCCCGCAGAUCUAUCUGACCUUUCGCCCCUUGGUUUCGCGAAUCUGUUCGACACCGCUGACUAUGAACUACCUGAUAUUUGGGCCAAUGAUUUCUUCUCUUCGUUUUAA